UCUGUGCGCUAGAAGUAUAAUCUGUGGAAAUAGGAAGGCGUAUGACAGCUGCUGUGCAAAGUGUUAUGAUUGGGGAUUAGAGAAUAGAGAGAACUGUUCAGCUAUUUCAAAUGUUGUGUAGAACAGUAAUUUGUUGGUGCUUAAUAUUACUGAGCUGUAUAGAACGUGCACAGAGCCAAUCAUAUGAAGACGUUCGUUGCAAGUGUGUAUGCCCAAAUCCUUCAGUUGUUAAUGUGACACAGUCGAAUCGAAAGCUGUACAUUCGCAAUGUACCUCCUAACCAAUGCAAUUGCGACAAUGUGAUCCUUCCCCAAGUAGGAGAUGAGAUUAAGGGCAAGGAGCAGGAAUUUUGUCCCAGGUGUGAAUGUAAAUAUGAAAGUCGAAAUACAUCAAUAAUUAAGUAUGUAGUCAUAAUAGUUAUUUGGAUAAUUUCCCUCCUUGUCAUCUACAUGCUGUUUUUGAUUUGCUUGGAUCCACUCUUGAACAAACGUGUAAAAGGCAGCUAUCAAGAACACAAUAAUGAAGAGGAUGAGCCCAGCACUAGUGUUGAUGGAACCACCUCACAUGCUAUGGGAGUAAGAGGAAAUGUCCUGAAUCGUGUUGGCCAUCAGCAAGAUAAGUGGAAAAGACAAGUUAGGGAACAGCGGAGGAACAUAUACGACAGACAUACUAUGCUUAAUUAACAACCUUUCAUGCAAAACAUUUUUGUAACUAUUUUAUUCCCAUGGUAUUCUGCACAUCCAAGUAAAUGUAAAUAUGCUUAGGUGUUCCUUUUUGUUUACAACAUUCUGUUGCAAUGUGUCCUGUCUGUCCAUGUUGUUUUUAAUUCUUCAUUACAUGUAAAUACAUCAGAUCUUAAUAACGAAGUGCACAACUGUUUUCUCAAAUUUGUGAGGAAAUAGACCUGUUACUUCUACUUUCUAAGAACAAAUUAUAUAAAAUGUGUUAAUAAAUUUUGGAAGAUAAAUAAAAUGUUUGUAAUUGUUACA